AUGGCAGGAAGGGAUGCCGCUGGGUUAUGCCCGUUGCGACGUUUCGUUGCCGUGUGCAAUCCGAUUCCAGAACCAUCAGCAUCAAUAAACGCGAGGGACUUCUUAUGCGAAGAGCCUGCUCUCGAGGCUAUUGCUCGCAUGAAGAUUUACGGGGAACUAUUAGCAGGGAGCAAACAACGGCAACAUCGCUUACGGAGUGCACGCUUCGGGCUCCAGGCUGCUGAAGAAGAUGGACGCACCGAAGAAGUGGAGAUACCGAAUUCAAUAAUCAUGCAUGGACGAACAAUCAGCUUUACUGCUGAUGAACAGGAUGCCCUGCUACUGGAGAAUAGCAAAUUCGCUUAA